CGCGUUAGUCUGGAGUGACGAGAAAGCUCACACGCAGGUGACGGGACAAGGUGCACUCGCAGGAGCCGCUCGCUGAAGUCAUGAAGACCCUUCUCUUGUCUUUGGUUUUAGUUCUGUUCCUCUGGGGGCCGGGAGCCGACGCUUUGAAAGUUCAGGUGGGGAAAUUCACCUAUUCCUUGGAAUCUGUCAUGAAACUGAAGCAGCUGAUGGACGAUGAUCGGGAAGAACCCGGUGUCUCUCCGCAUGACCUCUGCAGCCACCACAAGCUCCCCGAGGAAUUCAGCCCCGUCUGCGAGGAGCAGGACGCCCCAGACAUCUUCGUAAAGCUGGCAGUAGAAGCUGCCAUUAAUUUGGAUGAAUGCGAGCUGUGUGCCAACCCUGCCUGCCCCGGGUGCUCCUAACGCCGUGCCCUUAUUGGACACAUUCAUAACUCCUCCCCCUGCGACAGUGAUGGGCGGCCUUUCGCGAUCUCUCUACAGAGCAGCUCCCACCUUAUCUAUAAAUAAACCGAAGCAGCCUCUGAACCUGGGAAGACAUGGAAGGAGACGCCAUUCAUACACCUCUAAUGUUACGAUGGAAGACGCACGGUCCUGGCCGCUCAACACAUCUGACUCCUUUUUUCCUGAUCCUCCGACGGCCGCUCUGUGCAUAAUAAGUUCAUUUGAUCUGUUAUACAGAGAUCAGAUCGCUACACGAUUUAGUUGGUCAAAUCCUUUAACUUCUGCGCGAUGAAUAAACGUUACUUCUCAGUC